AAUCCAAGGAAAAAUCUAAAAAAAAAAAGAAAAGAAAAAGAAAAAGAAUAACCCAAAGAAACAGAAGCAAAAGACAGCAUGAAGUAAAGGUCAGCUGUUUUUCUUUUCAUCCCUAGUUUCGUGUUACAGUGAUAUUUCUUUUUUAUUGCGGUUGUUGAAAAUGCAGUGAAAAGGUAGGCAGCAGUGUUAAGAUCCGUGGAAAAGACAGUUUCUUUGCUGCAAAUACUAUGAUGAAUCAAGAGAACGAUCAGGAGAAUAACCCUGAUGCAUCAGCAGAUGUCCCACUGAAGCGCAAACGUGGUCGUCCGAGAAAAUUUCCAAAACAUAAUCUAUACCAGGGGGAGAAUGCUCAGACUGCAAGAAAUCAGAAUCCAAACCGUGCAGAGAAUAUUCGUAUCCCUCCUUUAUUUGAAAGGGUGAAUGGGAAUCAACCCCUUGAAGCAGAUCCAAUCAAUGAUGCAAAUGAUGUAAUGGUGGGUCAGGCUGUUUAUGGUGUUAUUGAGGCAGCAUUUGAUGCAGGAUAUUUGCUCACCGUUAGGGUUGGCAACUCUGACACCACUUUAAGGGGUGUGGUUUUCAAGCCUGGACAUUAUGUUCCUGUUUCAGCAGAGAAUGAUGUGGCUCCAAAUGUUGAAAUGAUCAGAAGAAAUGAGAUUCCCUUCCCAAGGGGGAGGAAUGAGCAGCAUGUCAAUUCUCAUAGGAAUGGAACUGCUCACCCAUUCAAUGAACCAGGUAUAGCCAACCAUGUGCCACGAGCCCGGGCUUCAAAUCUUGGGGGCUCAAAAAGCAAACAUGUGCAGUCGGUGGCAACACAAUCUGAUUCUCCACUAACGUGCAGAGGCAAUUUGGUGCCUGUUGUGCACCAACCUCCUAGUUUAUCAUAUGGCGGAUCAGUUGCCAACCAACCAUCUCUCGUUGCAAGCCAACCUGCUCAUUUGGUGGCCUCUAAAGGCAAACAGGUGUCUGAAGCUGCCCAUACAUCAAAUACGGGAACACCCACCAACCAGAUGCCAACAUUUGGAAACAAAAUAUAUCCUAGUCAACCCCCAGCAGAGAUUUUGCAGGAGACAGAAGCCAAGUCCAUGACAUUGCCUGGCAUGCCUUUUGAGAAAUUAUUAACUGAAGUCAUGAAAAGGAUUCAAGUUCCCCCGCAACCAAUGGAUGGUCAAGGUGGUAAUUUAUCGGUCAAAGAUUCUGGACAUGACAUGGAAGAUGAUCAGCCACUCUCUAUUGAACCACUACAAGCUGUACAGCCUGCUCACUCUUCUUCUAUGCUCAAGCCCUUUGAUAAUUUUAGAACUGGCAAGAUGACUGAGCUGUUGCAGGCUGUUCAGGAAAACAUGAGGGAAACCCAAGCUUCUCGGACUGAAGAGCCAGCCACUAGUUCUGGAGAAACUGAGCAUGGAGAUAAAGAAAUGCAUGAUUCCAACAGGCAUUCUUAGGUAUCGAGCGUGUAAUACAACAGGCAUUAUUUCUAGCGGCUUUUGGGCUAGCUCACAUGUUGUAGAGUGUUUUUAGUGGAAUCAGGUAGAUUUUGUAAAAUGUUUUUUUGAUCCUAAACAAGGUGAAGGAGCCAAACUGUCCUUGGAGGGUUAUGACCUUAAAGUACAAAAGGCUGGAUGGGAUCUUCUUUGCUUAAACCUUUGGGAUCAGAACUGUUUCCAUUACUUGAAAUUAAAGCUUUUUCAGUUUAUAGAUUUAUAGAAAACCUAGCUGCAUAUUACUUUAUGCUUUGCCGUAACUUAGUAAACAGGGAAGGAUCAGCUUCUUGUUAAAUAUACACCGUGUCCUUACGAUGCAAUCAUCCACGUAUGUGACUCUGAGCUGUGGUCAAGCAUAUUAUGUGGAAACUACAUGUUUAUGAAUGGAAUAUUGAACCAUCGGUGACUAUGGGUAAGUGGCAGAGAAAAUGGAGAAGGUUUGCAGAUGUCUAAUGUGAUUGGUACUUGUUACGUGUCGAAAUGAUGAUGGUGUUUUCCUGAACCCUGUUUGUUUUCAGAACUCAGAUUAACUCUUGCACCGGGUAAAACCUGGAUAUGGAUUAGGCUCCUGUAGACGCAUAUGUUUGAGAUUGCAAUAGCCAUUGGUUGUGUCCCAGCUACAGCGGACAGGAAUAAGACAUACCUUCAUCUCAACCGAAGGAUCCCAAAUAGACUUAUGUUUGAUCUGAACUGCAUUCUGUAUACGCAUGGUAAGCUUUGCCGCAAAUGCACAAUGAAAGGUAGUGGCCAGCAAAAAUGGGCACCCAAUGAUGAUUCAUGUCCACUGUGUACUUACCGCAAGAACUCUAGCAUGAACAAAAUCCAGUAAUCUUUGUACUCCAAUUCAGAUCCUUAUUAUUAUUUUUUUUAUAAUUGAGAAAGAGAGGAUUUAAACUC